CAAGUUUCUCGUACUGAUGUUUAUGUUGUGGUUCACCAGCAGAAGCAAAACGAACAGCACCGGACAGGACAGCUCAACAAGCGAAAUGACCGCUAUUUCUAUUCAAAUUUCGGAACUUGAAAUGUUACAGUCCAUGUUCAGCCCCGGCGAGUUGCGCCUGGAUCCGGCACUGUUGGACGGACUGAAAUCAACGACUGAUUUUGAUUCAACUCAAGCGAUUUCGCCUUUUGUGUCUUUUACAAUUAACCUCGAUGUGGAGAUAAAGAUGGAAGUGAGUGUUACAUUGCCCUCCGACUACCCAAUGGUCGAGCCCGAAAUUUUUGUGCGAAGUGAAUCAUUAGAUAAACAUCAACAAGCAUUAAUCAACAAAGAGCUACACAUUUUUGUGACCCAGUUAGAGAGAGGUGAAAUGUGCAUUUAUUCUGCUGUUUCAUGGCUUCAAGAGAAUGCUCAUCGGUUUCACCUACUUGAAGAUAAAGAUAAUCUCAAAGAUCACAAAGCUGAAGCUGAUAAGGUUGUACGCCUGUGGAUAUAUUCUCACCACAUUUAUAGCAAAAACAAACGACGAGAUAUAUUAGGCUUUGCGGCUCAACAUUGUUGCACUGGUUUUAUAUUACCAGGGCGACCAGGGAUAAUUUGUGUAGAAGGGUUAAAAGAGGAUUGUGAUGAAGUUUGGAGAAAGAUACGAAGUAUGAAUUGGAAAAAAAUUAUGCUAAAGAAGGAAGAAGAUUGCUUGGUACAAUCUUUUUCUUCGUUUGAAGAACAAUCCUUCAACAAGUGUAAAGAUGAACGCCACAUGGAUAUGGGGGAAUUUUUCAAGUUUUUGGAAAAUCACAACUGUGGAUAUAUAUUUAAAGAAUAUUUUGGAGUUGAUGGUAAAAUGCCUUCAGAAGCCUGAGCCAUGGACUGGGAAAUUAUUUUGAUUUUUGCAUUCACCAUAUAAUAAAAGAAAAUGAAUUCAUGAACAUUUAGAUCUGA